UCCCGCGAAAGACCGUCGAGACCAUACCCAUAUACAACCUCUUUCGGAGAAGUACUGUUUUGUAUCAAAGGACAACAAAGUAUUUAAUAAUUUAGUACAUUAUUUUCUGAUCCUCUAUAAAAAUGAGCAAAUCAGACGCGGAAGCACCUGCUAUACCUUUGUGUGAGCAGUCUGUGGAGAAGCCGCCAGUUACUAAUGUAGAUGAUGAAGAAGAAAGUGACCGUGGCAAUUGGGGAGCUCAUUUGGAAUUUCUACUAUCAUGCCUCGGUUAUGCAGUCGGACUCGGAAAUGUGUGGCGUUUCCCGUAUUUAUGCUACUCCAAUGGUGGAGGUAUGCAAUGUGCUUUUUGCGUUGGGUAUGGUAUGGUGAUGGUUUCAUUUCUAGUGUGCAUUUACUACAAUGUCAUCAUCACGUACACAAUUUACUACCUUUUCUCGUCGUUCACCAAAAAGUUACCUUGGAUUGGGUGUGACAACGACUGGAACACCGAUUUCUGUAGUGAGCUGUACACAGAUUGUAUUUCUAGUGGUGGUAUAAUCAUGGAUGAUGGCAAAUGCAUCGCAACCACAAAUUUGACGACGGCCGAGAAAAGCUAUUACAAUUUGACUGCAGAAGGGAAUGUCACUGAUGCAUAUGUUGAUCCACUGAAGGCUGACAGAAAAUUGCCCAGCUUUGAGUUUUAUCGCUAUGAAAUGCUGCAGAUGACCGAGGAUAUUGGAGACCUCGGAGGAGUGAGAUGGCAGUUGGCGCUUUGCCUGUUGUUGGCGUGGUUCAUUGUCUUCUGUUGUUUGGCUAAAGGGGUCAAGUCUUCUGGCAAGGUUAUGUAUUUCACAGCCACCUUUCCAUACCUUGUACUGUUCAUUCUGCUGAUUCGUGGCCUCACAUUAGAAGGUCAUAGAGAGGGAAUCGAGUUUUUCAUCAAACCCAAAUUUCAUCUACUUAAAAACCCGAAAGUGUGGAAGGACGCUGCGGUGCAGAUAUUCUAUUCGCUCUCAGCAUCUUGGGGUGGACUCAUAACGCUCUCAUCAUUCAACAAAUUCAAUAAUAAUUGUCUGCGUGAUGCGAUGAUCGUUCCCAUCCUCAAUUGUCUGACAAGUGUUUUUGCAGGUUUUGUCAUCUUUUCCAUCCUCGGGUUUUUGGCCCACAAGCUUGGCAAACCAGUCGAAGAAGUGGUUGAUGAACAAUUUGGUCUUGCGUUCAUUGCUUACCCUGCUGCGGUAGCAAAUCUGCCUGUUUCGCCUCUAUGGUCCGUUUUGUUCUUUAUGAUGUUGCUGACUCUGGGAUUAGGAAGUGAGAUUGUGAUUGUUCAAACAGUGAUGACAGCUGUUAUAGAUGAAUUCCCAUCCUACUUAAAGAAGAAGAAAGUUUGGGUGAUCGGAGUAAUAUCAAUUAUCGGAUACCUUAUUGGACUGCUUCUAGUCACUAGGGGUGGUAACUUCUGGGUUAUAUUGAUGGAUAAGUAUGCAGCUGAUUUCGCUUUACUUAUUUAUGGACUUUGCGAGUGUAUCGGUCUUGGAUGGUUGUAUGGCGCCAAGCGAUUCAUCAAUGACAUUCGUUCCAUGAUUGGGAAUCGGCUUGUUGACACGCGUCUGUUUAUGUGGUGGCCCAUAAACUGGUGCGCACUCACCCCAGCUGUUUUGUCUUUUGUUCUGUUAUUUAACUGGAUUAGCUGGGAACCACCAACGGCUGGUGACACUGAGUUUCCACCAUGGGCUCAUGUAAUUGGAUGGUUGAUGAUCAUUUCAACGUUGUUCUGGAUCCCGCUUUUCAUUGGCAUCGAAUUCUAUAAAACCAGAGGUACUGGUGACAGCCUGAUAAAUCGUCUUAAUACGAUGAAAACUUCAAGACCAGAGUGGGGCCCUGCACUGAAGAGAAACAGGAGGCAUGCUAUUGAAGUGCAUAGGGCAUAUGGUACUGAAAUGGGAGGCACCGCAGAGAUUAAAACACCAGUUUGCAAUGGGUACUCACCAGUUACGUGCAUCCCAGCAAGCACCGAGAAACAAGCUAAUGUUUGAGGAUAGUUAGAUUGAGCGUUCCAAUGUGCCUGUGAUUACGGCGCAGUGGGAACCCAAGUGCGCUUGUGGUCACAGGUGCAUUGGAAUGCAAAAGAGGUGGGAAUUAAAACAAAAUCAUUUCAGAAAAAUAUUGAAAAACGGGGCAAAAUGGACUGUUCAGAUGAAGGAAUAGGGCUAAUGUGUUUGUAUGCACCAUUGAAAAUUACAAUUAUUGAAAUUUUUUAAUGAACAACUCGGUAUUUUUUUAGUGUGUUCUUUUGUUCAGUGAUGAAUUAACGCGAGUCACACAUCCCACAAAAUAUCUAUAUUUUUAAAAAAAAAUUCAGUAAAAAAGCACUUCCACAUGAAUUAUAAAUAAUUAAAAUGGUAUUGAUGCCCAUCGGCGCAUUAUUAAAAUCGACGAAUUAGUUUCGCUCCGAUAUUUGGCGUAGUGGCUGAAAAUUGGAUGCCAAAUAUCAGGGGUGAAGACAAGUGGUUGUUCUUAAGUGAAGUUUGUUGAGUUGAAAAGUUAACAUCUUUUUGUAAUAUGUAAUGCAAUACUUCAAUAGUUUGUAGUGCGGAUUCACAAAUCAGUGGCGGAUCCAGGGGGUUGAGUGGGUUCAGACGAACCCCCUCUGUGAAGAAACGUAUAAAAAUACUACUAAGACUUGGCCUACAAAAGCCAUGCUAUUCCACCUAGGCAUAGGUUGGCAGAUCAGACAAGCAAGCCUUAGCCUAACUAAUCUUCAAUUACACUGUUUUUGGUUCAAUGUCGUAAAUAUAAUUUUUGUAUGAAAGUGCGUUAUUCAUGCCUAUUGGUUCAUCAAUCCAUGAAAAAAAGGAUACGUAGGCCUAUCCAACUACUCAAUAUUGGAAUAUAGUGUCUUUGAUUUUUUUUUUCUUUUUAAUAGGCCUAUUUACUGUAAUAAGAAUGAGAUAAAAUUACCUGACCAUUCUCGAGAGGGGAAAACCUUGAAUUUUGAAUAACUUAAAAAGUCAUUAAAAGACAACUCAGAAGUCGGAAAAGCUCAUUUCCAGCCAUCUAGAAAUCAAAAUCUUCCCAGGGAGAACCCCGGACCCACUCCCUCAAAUCCUGGAUCCGCCCCAGCAGAUUAUUUAUUUGUUUGCUUGUACAGUAUGUUGAGCUUCCCAAGGUUGUAGAAUUAUUUAUUUCUGAGGUUUGUUGCCAUAGUUAUUUAUAUCUGCCAUAUUUUACCCCCCAGAGUGUUAGCUGUCACUGGCGACAAAGUCUUUAACGAAUGUACUGAUAAAAUAAACUUUUAAAAAAAAAUAAUUUAAAAAAAAAAUUAAAAAUAUGAUAUAAUUAAAAUGCAAAUUAUUAUCCUUUAAAUCCACAUUUAAUGUUCGGGAAGGAAUUUGUAGUAUGUGGUGGCAUUGUAUAAUUUAAUUUUUAUUUCUAGUUUAGAUUAAGAUUUUUAUUUAGUAUUACUUUUUAGGCCAAUGGUGGUUAAAUUACGCAAGGACCACCAAUAAAGUAAGUUGAUGAGGGAGUAUGAGUUUAAAUACAUCAAAAUGGUGUAAAAAUUUGAUAAUGAAUAUUAUGUACACAAAGUGGAUAACAGACAAAUGAAAAACUUAAUGGGGUAAUGCUAGUAAACCUGUUUGUCACCCUCAUUCAACUAGCUACAACAAGCCAGGCCCAAAUCUAACCCUGACUGCACACAAUUACUGUACAGGUAAUUGUUGUAUAUGAACCAAUUUGGGCCUACAGGUGGUUAAGAUUACUGUGCAUUAAAUAAAAAUUGGGGAAAAAAUAUAUUUAAAAAAAUAGAGUAAAAAAAAGACAGCUUUUUAUAGCUACUAAUUUUUAUUUAAUAAAUCAAAUAUACAAUUUCAACAACUUCCAAUUCUAAAAAAUCGGCGAAAAAGAUCGCUUUGCCAAACUGGUUAAACCAGUACUACUAAUAAAAAUCACCCAGUUUGUAUAAUGAGGCUAUUAAAAAUUCAUGGCUUUUAUUCGAUUCUCAGUUAAAAUUACAUAUUCACUAUAAAGUGUGUAUGUGUGUAUUAUAUAUAUUAUAUACCUGUACUAUAUUAUAUAUAUUGGUUUAUAUUAUAUAUAAUUGUAUACAGUAUAUACAAUAUGGAUUAGUAUGCAAGAAUGUUAUUCCUCUUAUUUUCUAAGAAAUAGUAUAUGUACUACCAACUUAAUUGUAAAACUGAGUUACAGACCAUCUCGGUCGAUUCAAAAUUAUUGCAGUUGCAAAGAGAUCUGUUUGUUCUGACUUUUAAUACUGUCUAUUGUGCUAACCCGGGAAAGUUGUCAUAAAUUUUAGGGUGGAAUAUCAUUUUAGUGCAUAUGUUUCAAAGUACUCCUGUUUACAGUCACUCGUAGCAUGUAUUUAACAUUUUGAAUGUUAAACCGUUAAUUUCUACCCUGCUUUACAGUGGACCGAAAUCGAUGGUCGGCUAAGUUGAGUAGAAAGAAUGAUUUCCUAAUGUAAUCUACAGUUUAUGACAGCAACUACAAUGCAACUUAUUCAUUUAUUGGCUUUAAAUAUGAAAUUGUAAAAAAAAAAAUGAAAAAAACUUGAAAGAAAAGCAUGUUGACUUUACGGUUAACAUGCACCAAAAAAAAAAGAGUAAUCAACAAAACAUUGUGUAGUAAUUGAUAGAUAAAAUCUAGUUGAUAGAUAAAAAGAUAGUUGAUAGAUAAAAUCUUAGAAAUGAAAACUGUAAAAUUGUAAUUUGUAGAGUAAAACGUGAAUAUUUCAUCAUUGCAAUGGAAUUUGCCAUUUAUUUUACUGCUACCAAAAUGGACUCCAGCAAGAUUGUAUGAACUGUGUAGCAACUUUCCUCAUAGACGAAACGUUUGAAGUCCCGAAAAUGUCAUAGAAACAACUGCAAAAAAUGCAAAUAUUAAAACAAUCCAACGAGUAUGGUAUUAUUAGAGGGGCGGUAACCAUUGUAUUUAUAGUAAGUCUCAUCUAUGGAAUAUUAAGCUCUUUACACCUUAUAAAAUUUUAUAUUUGACAAAUAUGCUAUUUGCCUAGUUAGAAAGGUGAGGUCAUGUUAUACCCAUACAUGGGCAAGUGAUUUAUUGUUUGUCACAAACAAAAUGUGAUAGUUAUAAACUAAGGUAUGAAAUAAUUUUAGUAACUGUUAGUUGGUGGUUAGGCUGUUUGUAUGCAUGUAGUUUAGGAAUGUAAUCUUACAGUCUGAAUAAGGUAUGUAUGACUUUGUAUAUAUUUAAAUUCCGAGAGCCUGUUGGUAUGUUCUUAAUGGUAUUGCAAUCUGUUAAAAGGCACUAUGCCUGUAGCUUCUUUCACAAAAAAAAAGAAAGGUUUUUCUGUAUUUGGUUAAAAUUUCGUUAAAAAUAAUGAUACAGUAUUAAUGGCACUACCAUUACAUUUUUGCCAAACACAAACAUUGUGUGGAAUUAAAUACCUUGGUGGUUAGGGUGCAUGACUUUCAAUCCCAGUGUCCUGGGUUCAAUUCCUGUGACGGCAGUAUUUUUUUCUCAAGACUAAAAAUCCACUCUUCCCCUGAGCUGCAUUAUGAGUUGUUAAAAGCAUUAACUGGGCCCUGUUGGAAAACAGUAGACAUCUACUAUACAUGUUACCCAGUAUAAAGAAUAAACACUUAAAAGUUAUAUUUGUAUGUAUAUAGAUGAUUAUGAAACAUAGGUAAGUGAUUAAAAGGGAUUAGGAAUUGGGUUCGACUGUGAAUAGGUGUGGGACUGUGGGCUGGGACUUAUUGGUGGAAAAUGUAUAUAGUAUGAAAAAUCUCAACAUGUAAUAGAUGUUAUUUUAAGUUUAUCCUAUUUUUUAAUAAUAAAGAUGUUUAAAUAAUAAUUAGAAUUUUCAAAGAAGCCAGGACAUUAUGGAGAAGAUGUCAAAAGUGUGGUGGGGACGUACUAGGCUUAUACCAACCCCUUGAAGGUUUUUGUUAAUGAGACAACUAAUUCCCUGGUUUCAUAGCCUAGGAAUUAAAGGCAGAAUGUUUUAGUACACAAUCUGGUUUACUUUUAGCAAUCUAAAUGUACCUUGCUGUUGUACUUAAUGACAUCAAACUUCAUAUGGGUAAAGUGGAGUAUAGGCCAUCAGAUUUUUAUCCAACAUUCAGACAUUGUCUGACAGAUAUCAAAUUCUGUAUACCCAGAAAAAACGCUAAAAUAAUAGGUCAUAAUAGUGGUACUGUAUUAUACAUUGAUCUUGAUUUCUUAAUAUCUAUUUGAUUGACACACGGUUAUUGCCAUUUUACUCGAAGUAUUUAUUUUCGUUGUACAGACAUUAAAAAAUAUAAAUUGCAGCCCAUAUCCCAAAGGGAUGCUUAUCAGGGUAAAGUCACACAUACACUAUCAGAUGUUUGUUAUACUCAACAAUAUUUGAUGAGAUUUUUCCUGAUGAAACAAUUAUUCUAGCUCCUGCUAACAACGUAAUAGUGUUGGAUGUGUCUAAAUCAAGCUUUCACUAUCUAGAAGUUUGAUACUGUACUUUGUUGAGUCUAACAUACAAAAUCUGAUACUGUUUGUCUGGCUUAUUACUUAAAAGACAGUACUUUGAUUCUAUUACAGUUAUAGUUUAAAUUAAUAUACACUGUAACAAGUGCUAAAUUGUGUUUUUUUUUUGUUUUUUGUUUUAUGCAUAUGAAUUUGUCACUAAGUUUGUACAUAUUUUUUUUUCUUUAAAUAGGUAGUUAAGAAGUAUCUUCUUCAUUCUCUAUUUUAACAUCCUUAAUUUCAAAAUCAUUUUGAAAGUUUACUCAUCUAAGUUUUAGAUGCAAAUCAAUGCACGAUAUAGAAGCAUAUUUGUCUUGACAAAACAUUCAUAUAAAUGUCAUAGAUUUAAGAGUAAGUCAUUUAUCUUCCUGUAAAUACAAGUGGCUGUAUACUUGAUGUGUUUUUGGUGUUUUAGUUAGUUGGUAACUUUUUAGUCAUUACUACCUCUAGGCUUAUGUAGGUCUAUAGCCUUCUAGAAUCUAUUGAUCUAAAAAAAAAUGCUUUGAUAAUUAUAUUUUUGUUGGCUUGCCAACCAAAAUCAAUUAUCAAGUACUGUACAGUAAUGUAUUUCUUGUUACUAUUAACUUGGCUUUUAUGCUGUCUAAAAUUGUGCCCAAGUAGCACAAAAUAAUUAAAGUAAUUAUUUCUACUAAAUUUGUAUUAUAAUGUAUAUACAGUUUAAUUUCAUCACGUACCCCAUCAAAUAUUAUUUUUCCGACCGAUGUCAGUAUAGGUCCAGACAUCUAGUUUGAUGUUAUGUUAGGGAGAUUUUGCAAACUUAUGGAAACGAUUACCGUCAUCCGUGCCUGCAACAUUCUUGACAAUACAGUAUACAAACGAGCUGAAUAAAGAUCGUUAAUUCACGCACGGAGGUAUAAUUCACGCCUGCGUUGUAACAAUGGAUUGAUUACAAAUUUGAUGACGUAACCGUAUUCGUUAUCGUUUUCGUAAGUGUGCAAGACCUCCCUAAUAUUAUUAAUGUUGCGUGACAGUAUGAUUAAUCAUGUAAACGUUUGUAUUCAAGUAAACCUAUUCAUUAUUACUUUUUACAGACAUCGGUAAUGUCACUUUUAAUUUGUUUCAGAACUAGAUUUCAUUUGGACUAAGUUAUUCUGAUUGUUAUGCUGCUUAAGUCGAAAGGUUUUUAGUGUUGGUUAUUUUCUUGUGCCAAAAUGGACAAAUCACAAUAUGGUACCAUUGUUUGUGGUCUUUAAUUUUUUAUUGUAUUUUCAUUUAAAGGGGUAUGAAUGAAAUUUCAAUAAAUACAUUUCUUUAAUUGGAAA